ACAAUCGUGUAAUCGGGUGAGCAUAAACAAGCCACAGAAACAUAUUCCUUCCACCAUGGAGCAAUCGAUUGGGAGCAAGCUGGCCGUACUGGUGUACCGUUACUUUCUGGAGAGGCGUAUGGUGGAUGUGGCCGAGAUGUUUGCCGAAAAGUGCAUUUAUCUGAGAGAAAUCAAACGGUCACCGUUCCACUGUUUACUUUCCAGCACACCGUUGCAAAACCUACAAUGGUUCUUGGUUGAACACGAAGCGCUUCUCGGCAAUAUGAAGCGGUUGGUUCAAAUGUAUCAUGAGGUGGCGCCCAUACCGUUCGAAGCAAGCUCAUGGGACAAGAUCCAGAGUUUGAUGCAUUAUUUCUACGAGCGAGCAACAUGCAACAGCAGCAACGCCACUGUUGCCGAAGGUCCUAAAAGUACACCCGAACAUUGGCACACGGUGAACAUCCCUGUCGAAAGGGACGAUGUGAACGAUUACCAGGUUGAAAAUCACAUACAGCAGGAAACUCAUAAUGUUAGCCUGAGUAAAAACAUGCACCAGAACACUUUCCGAGAAACGGAUUUCACCAACGGUGUUCCCGAGCGACCGAUGGUGUUGUACGUGGCAAACGGUAGCAGGGAACAGCUAAGUCAAGACACCAUUAUAAUAAGAAUGGAUGAGAGCGAAAUUGCGACGAGCAUGCAAACGGACACAGUAGAACAUAUAAUAACGAUAGAGGAUGAAGAUGUCUCUAUCGGUCAGCAAAUUGAAGUUAGUACGGCAAUGAUCGAGCCGGAGUAUGCACCGUCCCCAUCGCCGCACUGUUCACCGAUAGUCGUCAAAGAUGACGACCGGCAGUACGCAAACGUUUCCGCAAACAAGGAAAACCAAGAACCAGUUGCUGUUCCAACCCAGCGUAUGCCCGAAUCAGAGCAACAAAAUGCAACAACCGAGCUUGCAUUAAGCGAAACUACGUCUUCCUCCAUGGUGGUUUCAACGAAUGACAACAAAACAGUCGCAGUAUUGCCAUCCCCACUCACGCAAAAACCGGCAAGCGUCACGAAGAAAUCAAUUGAUCCGGAAGCGCUAGAGGAAUGGAAACGAAUACGGUCAAUAAAUAGCCGCAACUUUGAUGAUCACAUCCGGCAGAUGAAUCGUGAGUACGAGCUGGUGAGCAGAUUACAAACGAAGGUGAAGAAAUCCGGCGCGGCAAAGCCGAAACCGGCACCGCUGAAACAAAAAAGUCCUAAAACGGUAGUGAAACCGGUUCUAAAGGUACGUUCCGCACAAAAGCGGAAAGCUGCGAACGUAGCGGAGAAUGAGGUUAUCCCGGCCAAGCGAUCAGCAGUCGCGGGACCACUGAACAGCGAUACGUCCGAUUUUACCUCCUCGUCGGAUGAGGACGAAGAUGUUCGGGGAAUGGCCCGACGAAUUAAACAGUACCGUCAGCAGCAGAAGCGUUCCCAAACGAAGGAGAAAAAGUCGGAAGAAUCGACGGACCAACCAAGCAACGUGUUUCCCUCGCCGUCCACCUUGAAACAGUGCCGGGUGAAUAUUAUUGUCGGUCGUCGUUCAGCGGGCAAAUCGCAUGUCAAAAGAGGUUUGCGCAAUCGGACACCAUCCACCAGCCCGGUGAAAGUUGAAAACUCGGCCACUGACAAUACCGCCGCGCCUGCUGCUCAUCGUAUCGGUACUACCCCCCCGCAGCCACCGCAAUCGCGAAAGAAAGUGAAAAAAGUCAGCGACCAUCAGGAAACCGCAACAACGACCGUUAUCGCUGAACAGUCUGCCCCAGUACCGGUUGCACUAUUACCAAAGACUCAUCGACCGGUCCGUGCCUGUACGGUGAAUCGUAAAACCAUUGUGGCAGCGGCACCUACAACGCCCGUGCGGAACAAGGAUGUUGAUACGAAACCGGUUACCGAGCGAACUCCGAAAACCGAACCCAUCCCGGAAGCGAACAAUCCAGACACGGUUGAUGCAGGGGAAGCGGCCAUAUAUGCCGUGCUGGCACAGCUGCACGGUGAUAAUUAGUGUAGUAGUUUAAUAAUAUUAUUUGGCGUGUACUAUUUUUUUUAGGAUGUAUGUUAAGUGGGGGGCGAUUAUUAAAGGAUUUGCAACGAUUA